AUGGAUGAAAGAAGCCGCACCGAGAAACAAGCAACACAAGAACUGCCUACUGCAGCUCCCCCGCAACCCGCUGUAACGACGCAAACACGAAGUCCUACGAUAAAGCUUCCACCAGACACACCACAAGUUGAAGAUGAGCCACCAUCCACCUUUAAGCAGCCGGAAGCGCAUAUCCCCAAUUGGAGGCUCAUCUCUCUUUAUGUCAGCAUAUGUUUUGGCCUGUUCCUUGCUUUCCUGGACACAUCAAUCGUCGCGACUGCCCUAUAUACAAUCGGAGUAGAGUUUCAAUCGCUCUCCAAGAUCAACUGGGUUGCGUUGGCUUAUACGCUGGCCUAUUUGGGAUGCACUGCCAUCUUCGCCUCCUUAUCCGAUGUGUUCGGUCGCCGCAACACCUACAUCGCUGCUUCAACACUAUUCAUUGCCUUCUCCCUCGGGUGCGGUUGGGCUAAGGAUCUCAACCAGCUUAUUGCGUUCCGUGCGCUACAAGGCGUAGGCGGAAGCGGCCUGUACAGCAUUGGAUUCGUCAUUCUAGCGGAGAUUAGCAGCGUAAAGAUGCUACGAUUGAUCGGCGCCCUUGCAGGGGGGGUUAUCGCUAUGAGUGGAGUCCUGGGUCCCGUCCUCGGUGGGAUUAUUACCAACUACACCACAUGGCGCUGGAUAUUCUGGAUAAACGCACCUAUAGGCAUAUUGCCAAUUAUCCUAUUCGCUCUUGCGUGGCCGAACCAGAAGCAACUGCCUCCAGCAGAGCGCCGCCCGUUUCGCCAGAUGGAUUUCUUGGGCUUCUUUUUACUGAUCGCAGCAAGUGUACCCUUCGUGUUCGCUUUCCAAGAAGCCGGUAUCCACGUUGUCUCAAAUGCAAAUGUAUGGAAAACCGCUAUUUUUGUAGCGCCACUUAUUGUGGGCAUCAUCUGCUGGAUUGCUCUCUUUGGGUGGGAGUACAUUAUCUCGGUUCGCUGGUCAGCCUCUAUCAACGCCUUCCUCCCAAUACGACUUGCGAAAAGGAGGGUGUACAUGUCCGCUGUCGCUGCAACUAUGUUGUCAGGCUUCCCUUACUUUGUGGUCAUCUACUCACUACCAACUCACUUUCAGGUCGUCAAUGACCAUAGUGCACUUGCGUCGGGAAUCGCGCUUCUCCCUUUGCUUGGUUCCUCGGCCAUUGGCUCGACCAUUGCCGGUGCUGUCUCCAGCAAGAAGAACAACACCUUUCCGGUUAUGAUCACAGGCGCAGUGCUGAUGGUCAUUGGAACUGCCACUCUGUCCACGCUCGGCAUUGAAACACAGGCGAAAGCUUAUGGUCUGCAAGUCUUCGUCGGACUCGGGUUUGGCUUGACUAUUGCCACAUCCAGCAUGAUAGCUGGUACGGAAAGCGAGAUUAGAGAUAAUGCUGUCGCUCAAGGCAUCAUGGCGCAGGUGCGGGUAUUUGCUAGAAGAAGGCCGCAAGCACAAGAGACAGGUUCGAAAAUAGCGGACCCAGCCCUCCUGCACACCGUUCUCGGUGAGCGACUGGGUGUCGAUGGACGCGACCAAGUCUACCGAAUUCAUAAUUUCGACAGUCGUGUCCACUUGGAUUUCCUCCGUCUUCCUCAAGCGGUUCUCCCAUUUUAUAUCCAGCACUUUGACCUCAUACCGUUUCCGCCAGACCUUCUCACGAUCGACAAGCUUAAUCUGGUCUUGAAUCAAUUCGUUGGUGACGACCCGCUUCUGGCUAUGUGCGAGCUGAACCAGGAGAAGAUGGGUGGCCUCCCCGUGUUUUGUCGUAAGUAA